AUUCGUUUAUAGUUUAUUUUAAAUUAUUAAGUGACAACCAUUGUCAACAAUCUUUUAUCCACCAGUCACUGCUGAAAAGUAAAAGCGACGCUUUUCAACACUGUUUCCCUUUGACAGAUGAUUCCGCAUAUUCACACUAUAUUUCUUCAAAGAAAAUAGUGAAAAUAUUCUUGAAUACUGUGGAAGACCUAUAAAUUUAGAAAGAAAUCGAAAAAAAAUGGCUAGCGAAAAGGAAAAGACCUCUAAAGGCGAUUUGGGUUUAUUAGAGGAGGAUGAUGAAUUCGAAGAAUUUCCCGCCGAAGAUUUCAAUGUGGCUGAUGAAGAUGAAGAGGUUAAUGUAUGGGAAGAUAAUUGGGAUGAUGAUAAUGUUGAAGAUGAUUUCAAUCAACAGUUAAGAGCUCAUCUAGAGAAACAAUCUAUGGAAACUUAAAAAUAUAUUUUGAUUAUAAUAAACGAAAUCUACUAUUCAUCGUAACCGAUCAUAA